GUUAGCUCAGCUGUCAGCUGCCUUAAUUUAUGCUGCGCACAAUUUCAUUUAACUUUAACCUCUCAACGGUAAUGAUGGCGUUUGAAUUGAAAUCAAGCUUUUGUGGAUUUGGACUGACAUGCUAAUUUAGAGCACGUGGCAAGCCAGACAUUUGAAACGUCACCCAUGCUAAGUUAGCAACGCUAGCAAAUGAGACGUGCAUGGAAGAUAUCCACUAUGGCUUCUCGAGCAGGUCCGAGAGCAGCAGGCACAGAUGGCAGUGACUUUCAGCACAGGGAGCGAGUCGCCUCACACUACCAGAUGAGCGUUGCCCUGAAGUCUGAAAUUCGUAAACUCAACAUUGUCCAUGUGCUGAUCUGGGUGCUGAUGGCAGCUCAGGUGAUAGUGAGCCAGCUGGGCCUGGUGUCCCACAAGGUGGUAGCCUCUCCAUACCAGUGGGAGUACACCUACCUCCUGAGCAUGAUUCCCACAGUCUUCAGCUUCUUGGCGUUGCCUCGCAACAACAUCAGCUACCUGGUUAUCUCCAUGAUCAGCUCCGGGCUCUUCUGUGUGGCCCCGCUGCUCUACGGCAGCAUGGAAAUGUUCCCCGUGGCACAGCAGCUCUAUCGGCACGGCAAAUCCUACCGCUUCAUCUUCGGCUUCUCCGCUGUGACGGUCAUGUACCUGGUGAUCGUCAUCGCUGUGCAGGUGCACGCCUGGCAGAUCUACUAUAGCAAGAAGCUGCUGGACCAGUGGUUCACCAGCACGCAGGAGAAGAAGAAGAAAUGAGUUUGCCUUUUUGGAAACAAGUCACUGAACUGGUGGAUUGAGCCAGCCAAGAGAAGAGACUCUAAAAAGUAUUCAUCUUUUUCUAUAUUUAUAUUUGACAGUGAGGACAUCAUUGUUCAAUUUUUCAUAGAAAAUAAUUCCCUGGACUGUUUGCUAAUGCUGCCUUCACUGUGUACGUUUAAAGGUGGAGUCUGGAGAAAGAUUGUUGACACUCAAACCAACAGGCCCCUCCAGAUUUACCUUCCCUCACUGCCUUGUGUUGUGUGGCUCUAGGGCUCUACCGAAUAGUUUGAAGCUUCAUGCAUGACGUUGACAUUCAAAUGUUUUCAAUUUUCCAGAGCGCUCCGAUUCUCUUGUUCCAACGCUUCUAGAUAAAAAAAUCUCUAAACUUGUCUGCCAGAAAUAAACGCUGUAUGGACACUCAGCUUUACAGAAAUAAUGUGUGCAAUAGUCCACCUUCGCUUCCCCACUCUGUCACUCUCUCAAACACGCAAAGCCAGCGCAGCCAGUCCUCAUCCCUUUAAUUGUCCUAGUCCAAAGCUCACUUUUGAAAGAAAAAUAGAUCUGAUCAUUUUCAAAAUUCACAACAUGCUUUUAUCGAAUGAAAUAUUCCACUUCAAUCCAUAUUUGUUGUUUAACAUUUAAAAUAUUUUUAACUGUGGCCCAAACACAGCUGACUGCACACACACCCUCGCCUGUAUUUAUAGACAUUCAAAGCUUCUUUUGAAAACCUCAAGAGUUCUCGAAUGGAUUUCUUUUUCAGUGCACAGAACAGCCAGCGAGCGGAUCGUGAGGAAGUAUUCGCUGAAUUAAGUGUAUUGGAUUAGAAUCAGACUCCACCUUUACUCCUCCAGGCCUUUCAUCAUUCAAAAUAAUAAAGUGUAAAUGUUUUGUGUUUGUACCUCGUUAUUUCAGGUACUGACAGUGUAAACAGACCAGGUGUAACUGGAAGAAGACUGUAAUCACAUGUGAGUUGAUGUUUUGGAAACAAAUCCAAAAAUAAAUUUGAAUAUAAGACUGGA